CCACCAGAUUGUUAUUUUAAUAUAAUUGGGUUUGGAUCAACUUUUGAGUUGUUAUUCAAUGAAGGAAGCAAGAAGUAUAAAAAGGAAUCUUUGGAAAAAGCAUUAGAACAUCAAAAAACGUUAUCAGCUGAUUUUGGAGGCACAGAAAUUCUUGAACCAUUAGUAAGCGUAUACAGCAAACAAAUUUUACCUGCACAUAGCAGGAAUAUUUUUUUGAUCAUCGAUGGUGAAGUAUUCAACACUGAAGCGGUGGUUAGCUUGGUGCAAAAGCAUUCGCACGAUACAAGAGUUUUUACAUUGAACACUGGCGAGGGCGCUUCUACCACUUUAAUUAAGGGUGUUGCUAGCGCUGGCAAGGGCAAGACAGAAUUUGUG